AUGUAUACCCUUGAAGAAGUUCAAAGGCAUAACAAGCCAGACGAUGUCUGGAUUAUUCUACACAACAAAGUCUACGAUGUCACCAAAUAUCUCGAAGACCACCCUGGUGGCAGUGCCAUCUUGAUUGAGGUCGCUGGCACUGAUGCUACUGAGGCUUUUGAAGAAACUGGUCACUCUGAUGAGGCUCGUGAAGAACUAGUGCAAUAUUAUAUUGGCGACCUGCCAUCAGAGGAACAUGCCGAAUCAAUCGAGGUUUAUCGUCCUACCUUUGAGCAAGUUGCGCAAACCGCUGUUGUAUCUGUGAAGCCAUCGCCAAGUCGUUUUCGUUCAUUGGCACUCUCAUUGCUCAAACUUGGCAUGACUGGCGCUUUGGGAGGCAUAGCAGUCACCGGCUACAGCAACGGAUGGGGACAAUUUGCCCCAGUCUUUAAGAAGGUGUCUAAGAGUGCCUCAGCUGUUUUGCACGACCGCCCCGGCUCCUCUGGCCAGUUCUGGUCUGGAUUCGGAAUCGCCAGUGUCGCCCAGCUGUCCCUCACCCUGGGAGUGACUAUGUGGAUUUCAUCCAAGCUGGACGUCCAGCAAGAGUUCACUCACCAUUUGCCUCAUCGCACAUCUCGCCCCGACAGACUCAUCUUCCGAAAAAAGGUCUCAUCAACCGCCAAGAAGGCUCCCACAAAGAUUCUGCCCACAAACCCCCCUCUCGACCCGCGCCAGUUUAAGAGCUUCCCCCUCACCCACAAAGAAGUCGUCUCCCCCAACGUGUACCGAUUUAUCUUCGGCCUCCCCAACACAGAUGAUGUCCUCGGUCUCCCCACAGGCCAGCACAUUGCCCUGCGCGCCACCAUCAACGGGAAAAGCGUCUCCCGUUCUUACACACCCGUCUCCAACAACACCGAUCUGGGCCGUAUCGAGCUCCUGGUCAAGGUAUACCCCCAAGGCCAGAUGACCAAGCACCUCGAGCAAAUGAACAUUGGCGACACUAUUGAGAUCCGUGGUCCCAAGGGCGCAAUGCAAUAUACCACCUCCUAUGCGAACCACAUCGGUAUGAUUGCGGGUGGUACCGGUAUUACUCCCAUGUACCAGCUUAUCCGGGCGAUCUGCGACGACAAGGCCGAUACUACCAAGAUGACCUUGCUGUAUGCGAAUAACACCGAGGAGGACAUUUUGCUGCGCAAGGAGUUGGAUGACUUUGCUCGUGAGAAUCCGCAGAAGUUCUCCGUGCAGUAUGUGCUUUCGCAGGCUAGCGAAGAUUGGACUGGUCACCGUGGGUUUGUCUCGCAGGAUCUGAUCCAGACAUACUUAGCACCUGCGGAUGAGAACAAUAAGAUGCUGCUGUGCGGCCCACCGCCUAUGAUUAAUGCGAUGAAGAAGACUCUCGCUGGACUGGGUUGGAAGGAUCCUAGUGCUGUUUCUAAGGCUACGGAUCAGGUCUUUCUGUUCUAA